CCCUCCCCCACUCCCCUUUCAUCUUCAGUUGUAAGAGAGUUCCCGCUACAGGUAAUAACUGUGCGGCGAGGAGGACUUUGUCUCUUGCCUGGAAAGAGGGAAAGGGCGAAGCUCUCUGAGCGCACAGGCAGAGCGUCUGGGACGCGCGUUCUGCUCUGCUUCCAGAAGAAAGAAAACUUUCGGAAGCUUUUCUUAAAAAGAGCUCCCUUUUCAGUUUGUUCCUUUCCCCACCCCCAGCCCGUCUUGUGCAUCAGCAGCCACCACGAAAGAGGAGCCAUUCGCUACGCCCGGAGGCUUCGGCAAGAGUGCGCCGUCGGUUGCUCAGCUCCCGCCGUCGUCCCCGCUCCUUUCCGCCGGAGCUGCGCCCUGUCCUGCCCAUCAGCAGGUUGUUGGCGAGGACUCGGCUGCCUCGAGGAGGAGAAGGAGGCUGCCGCCGCUUUUGCAAGCAGGAGCGCCGCAGGAGGGCGACUGAUCGCGACCCGUGUGUGCGCGUCCCUCCCCACCGCAGCCCAGGGGGAGGGGAGAGAGGAGAUGAGCCUCGUAUUGUUUCCCUCGUAAGCAAGUCCGCCCGGGCUAUGGGCUCCUCGCCUUUGUUCCCCGCGUGAGCGCAACUAGCUCGAACCUUCGCUCCCGAGCCAAAGGCAAACUGAGGAGCCCGCCGCCUCCUCCUCUUCGGGGGGCAACAUGGACGUGACCAUUUCCGAGCUCAUGGAGCUCUUUCUGCAGAGCCCCUUGGUGACCUGGGUGAAAACGUUUGGACCAUUAGGGAACGAUAAUGAAGACAAGCUUGCCAUGUAUAUGGACCUUGCGGAUGGAGUCUUCCUGAACAAAAUAAUGUUGGAAGUAGAUCCGAGACCCACAAACCAGCGUGUCAACAAGCAUGUCAACAAUGAUGUCAACCUACGGAUUCAAAACCUCACCAUCUUGGUCAGAAACAUCAAGACCUAUUAUCAGGAGGUCCUCCAGCAACUGAUCAUUAUGAAUUUGCCAAACGUUUUGAUAGUUGGCAAAGAUCCUCUGUCUGGGAAAAGUAUGGAUGAAAUUAAAAAGCUGCUCCUCCUAGUUUUGGGUUGUGCUGUGCAGUGUGAAAGAAAAGAAGAAUUCAUUGAAAGGAUAAAGCAACUAGAUAUUGAAACUCAGGCUGCAAUAGUUUCUCAUAUUCAAGAGGUAACUCAUAACCAGGAGAAUGUAUUUGACUUGCAGUGGCUAGAGCUCCCAGAUAUGGCUCCAGAAGAACUUGAGUCUCUUUCCAGAAAUAUGGUUUUCCAUCUCAAGAGGCUGAUUGAUGAGAGAGAUGAGUGCACAGAACUCAUUGUAGAUCUCACUCAGGAGAGAGAUUACCUGCAAUCCCAACAGCCACCCAGCCCUUUAAAAACUUCCAGCCCAGCCUCUUCGCCAAACCCAGCCAGCCGCCUCUCCAAUGAGGACAAACAGCAUCUGUCUGUGGAGCUGGCAGACACAAAGGCUAAACUAAGGAGGAUCAGGCAGGAGCUGGAAGAAAAAUCAGAGCAACUUGUUGACACAAGACAUGAAGUAGAUCAGCUAGUCCUGGAACUGCAGAAAAUAAAACAAGAGAACAUUAACCUCAUGGCAGAUGCCCGCUCUACUCGGGCCUAUAGAGAUGAACUGGAUUCCUUAAGAGAAAAAGCAAACAGAGUGGAGAGGCUUGAAAUGGAGCUGGUCCGGUGUAAAGAGAAACUGCACGAUGUGGAUUUCUACAAAGCACGGAUGGAGGAGCUUAGAGAAGACAACAUCAUAUUAAUGGAAACAAAGACAAUGCUGGAAGAGCAGCUGAUGAUAGCAAGAGCUCGUGGUGAUAAAUUGCAUGAAGCUGAAAAGGAAAACUUGCAGCUGAAAUCCAAGCUUCAUGACAUAGAGCUGGACAGGGAUACGGACAAGAAGAGGAUUGAGGAGCUGCUGGAAGAGAAUAUGGUGCUGGAAAUUGCGCAGAAACAAAGCAUGAACGAAUCUGCACACCUGGGCAGGGAACUGGAGCAGCUGUCAAAGAGCACAGAUCUCUCUGAUACAAGGAAGUCUUUUGUCUUUGAACUGAACGAAUGUGCAUCAAGUCGCAUCUUGAAGCUCGAAAAGGAUAACCAGAGUCUGCAAAAUAUUAUCCAAGAGCUCAGGGAUGCAUCGGUAACCUCUGAAGAGAGUAGCCUUAAAUUUGUGGAGCUACAAAAUGAGAAUCAGCAGCUUGGCCAGAAGAUUGAAAAGCUGCAGAACCAGAUUGAAAGGGAGAAGCAAAGUAAUCAAGACUUGGAAGCUUUAAGCGAGGAGCUGCUAAAGGAGAAGGAAGAGCUUCAGGGCAUGAUGGAGACCACGAAAGCUGACAAAGAGAGACAGAUAAAGGACCUAGAAAAGGAAACGGACCAUCUCAAUCAAGUGGUUUUGUCCCUGAGGCAGAGGUCUCAGGUCAGUAGUGAGGCCAGGGUGAAAGACAUUGAAGUGGAAAACAAAGUACUCCAUGAAACGGUUACAGAGACCAGUAGCAAGCUCAGCAAGCUGGAGUUUGAGAAGAAGCAACUGCAGAAGGACUUUGAGCAGGUUAAAGAAAAGGUGGAAAGAGUAGAGGAAAUGGACAAGGAGCUUCAUCGACUAGAGAAGGAGAACGAGCAGCUCACAAAGAAAGUCGCUGCCAUGAAGAUCACUACGGAGAAAGUAGGUGUUCUUGAGGAACAAAAUGGGAACUUGGAAGUGGAGAACAGGAAGCUGAAAAAAUCCCUAGACACCUUGCACAAUGUUUCUGUCCGGCUAGAAAGCCUAGAAAAGGACAACAAGGAGCUAGAUGAAGAGAACCUGGAACUCAGGAGAAUGGUAGAGACAAUGAAGUUUGCCAGUGCAAAAAUGGCCCAGAUAGAGGCAGAAAAUAAAGAGCUGGAAAGAGAGAAAGAGGAGCUUAGGAAAAAUGUAGAGAUGUUAAAGAUUCUGAUCAAGAAAUCCGAAAGGCUGGAGCUGAGUUACCAGAGUGUGAACGCCGAGAACCAAAGACUCCAGCAGAUUAUAGAGAACAGCAGCAAGAAAAUCCAGCAAUUGGAGAAGGAACUGGAAGGCACUGAAAUUGAGAACCAAACCCUCCAGAAAAAUGUAGAGGAGCUGAAGAUCUCAAAUAAACGGUUGGAGUGGUUGGAGAAGGAGAAGAAACUGUUGGAGCAAGAAGUGUCCCAGCUGGAUAAAGACAAGAAGAUACUGGAGAAGGAGACAAAAAGACUUUGGCAGCAGGUGGAGCUGAAAGAUGUUAAUUUGGACGAGAACACUGCAGAACUGGCAGCAAUGGAGAAGGAAAACAGAACACUAGAAAGAGAACUGGCUAGGUCCAGAGACUUGUCUCAUAAGAUGAAAGAAUUUGAAAAGGACAAUAAAGAUCUCCUAAAGCAACUUGCCAUUGACAAGAGAACACUAGCUACAUUGAGAGAGGAUUUGGUUCUUGAGAAGUUGAAGAGCCAGAGAUUGUCUAGUGAGAUGGACAAGUUGGACCAGGAACUGGAGAAGAUUGGAUUAAAUAAGGAGCUGCUCCUAGAGACUGAUAACGGCAACAAUGACAAGAAGUAUAAGAUACUGGAAAGCAAAACUGAAUGUGACCUAAAGACAACGCUAUCUGAUAAAGAAGAGAAAAUUGCUGUAUUGGAGGCCCAGCUGCAAGAGUUUCUCACCUUGAAUCAGCAGUUACAGAAUGAACUGAACACUAUGAGGAGGGACUUUGAAGGUGUCAAGCAGAAGCAAGAGGAUGGAAUCCUUCUGCAGAAUUCAUUGAAGCAGCCCAAUGAAGAUUUGGUUUUCUGUCAUCAGACAAAGGAAAAGUGGGAAAAGGGACACAAAGAAGCAACAAUGGAGCUUCUGAAAGUGAAAGACAGAGCUAUAGAAUUGGAAAGGAAUAAUGCAGCCUUACAUGCAGAGAAGCAGCUUCUGAAGGAGCAGCUAAGACAUUUGGAAACUCAGAACACCUCCUUCAACAAUCAGAUCCUGACACUACAGAAGCAAAAUGCCUUCCUUCAAGAACACAACACUUCCAUGCAAACACAAACAGCCAAGCUCCAGGUGGAGAACUCAGCCCUAAAUUCCCAGAGUGCCUCCUUGAUGGCCCAAAACUCUCUACUCCAAAACCAGCAGCUGACCAAGGAGAACGAAUGUGACAAUCUGUUGAAGCAGAAAGAUCAGCUCAAGGCAGAAUACGAGUCCCUCCUGCAAGACCACGAGCACCUGGCCUCGCUGCAUGAGCGGCAGUCGACAGAAUAUGAAAUGCUGAUAAAGCAGCACAGCUGCCUCAAAGCGCUCCACAGAAACUUGGAUCUGGAGCACAAAGAUCUUGGAGAAAGAUAUAACGGCUUGAUACAACACAAAUCCAAACUGGAGGAGCUGGAAAUGGUUUUAAAAACAGAAAAAGAUGUUCUGCAGCAGGAAAAGAGAGCAAGUGCAAUAGUGACCGCGGAGAACCAGAAACUGAGAGAAGAGCUGGAAAGGGCUAAUUUCUUGCACAGCAAGCUCAAAACAGACUACGAGGGGCUUCACGUCCACACCAAGGAACUGAAAAUCUCCUUAAAUAGCUCCCAGCGAGAGCUGAACCGCUGUCAAGCGAGCUAUGAGGAGCUGAAGGAGCAGUACCAGACCAUGGACAUUUCCUUUACUAAAUUGGACAACCACUGUGAGCUUCUGGCUCGUCUAAAAGGAAACUUGGAAGAAGAGAACCAUCAUCUCCUGAGUCAGAUCCAGAUGCUGAGUCAACAGAACCAAAUGCUGUUGGAGCAGAACAUGGAGAGCAAAGAGCAGUAUCAUGAAGAACAGAAGCAAUACAUUGAUAAACUGAAUGCAUUAAGGAGACACAAAGAAAAGCUGGAGGAGAAAAUAAUGGAUCAGUAUAAGUUUUAUGAUCCAGCUCCAAAAAAGAAAAACCACUGGAUAGGAGCUAGAGCCUUGGUUAAACUCAUGAAGCCAAAGAAAGAAGCUACAAGAGAACGGUUGAAAUCCUCAGUAGAGAGCCCUCCGUGGCACUCAGAAAGCACAGACACAGCCGGGUCACCAUCACCUUCUCAGCUGCCCAAGCAGCAGGAGAAUCUGGAGAACACCUCCGCAGAGUCUGGCUCAGUGGAAGGCAGAGAGCAGAAUAAUGGACCUGUGGGGAAAGUGAAUUCAAAGCUGAAGAGAAAUUCUCAUUAUGGAGGCAGCAGUGACCACAUUGAAAGUGCAACAGACUCUGCUCUUAAGCAGUGCUACGUGGAACCAAAUUCCAGGACUUACUCUGCCUCAGCCGCCCACUUGGCUGCUCCUGGUUCUACCUCCACCUCUAGACAACAAAACAGAGCCAGAGGCCAUAAUUCAGAGGGUGACCUGUAUGAAAACUUCCCUGAGGUAGAGCUUUCAAGCAGGCAGCACAUAUCAAGGCCGAAUAGCUUAGAGAACAGUGAAAAUGCAUCCUCCAGCAGCUCCCCUCUGAACUUCAAGGGUUCUUUUGACCGUAUUCAUGGCAGAUCAGAGAGUCUCAGUAGUGAAGACACGGUGCUGACUAAAGACACAUCUGGCUCACCUAGAGACGGCCUUUCCUUUCCCACCUCUUCUGCUCUUGGGGGCUCAAACACUAAGCACAAUGCCUCCCUUACCAGGAACUCUGCGUUUUCAUAUGAUAUAUCUCAGAAAAGUAACCCAGCCCCUGCACAGUCUGCUAGGCAUCGACCUGCUUCUCCGGGCAGUGAGUUGGUGACUUUGGAAGAAUUCCUGAAAGAAAGCCACAGAUCAACGCCACUUAAUGACGCAUCCAGCAGAGACGACUUCCUGAGUGACUAUUUCAGAAAAGCAAAUGAGCCUCCAUCUAUUGGAAGUCAGCUUUCUCAGGCAAAUAGGAAGGAGGCAGCCAAGAUGCCCACCAUCUACGUCACACCAACUGUAAAGAUGUCUGGUGCUAAUGAAGACGGAAGGCUAGCCAAGCCAGGCCACUAUGUCAAACCAAACCUUCGGCCAACAGAAUCUGAGUUUGCAGCAAACUCCUCCAGUUCCUACAAGCUUCCUCCUGCAUCUCAAAGGGGAUCGAGGCAAGUGGCACAGUCUUCUCAGCAGGGCAGUAACGUGAGCAAGCAGAGCGCAUCGUUGAACCGUGCAUUUAGCUUGGCUUCCGCAGACCUCCUCAGAGCCACUGGUCCAGAGGCAUACAGACGCUACGACAGCCUUCCGAAGCCUGUGACUGCCGAUCUCCAGCUGGGCAAGGACUUGGAUAGCCAGACCUCUCCGCUUGCUUUAGCAGGAGGCUCCCAGGUCUCGCUGAGAGAGAGGCCGCAGUCUGCAAAGGUGACGGGUUCUCUGCAGGGUGUUAAUUCUCGCUGCCGGCAGCUUGAUGUCAGACGGCUCUCUCUUGCGCCUCCAAAAGAUGAGAAGUCACUCUUGUCCCCUCCGUUUUCUUACUCCCCAACCACUUCCAAGGAUGACCUGAACUCCCAGCCACAGGAACAAGCCAAGCCAGGUUUGGAGCAGCACUGCUCCCCUCCACAAUACGCUGCUUCUAAGAUCAAAUCCAAACCGGUGCUGCGGUCUGGGGAAGUGGCCACAGUGACUCCUGUCAGAAUUGUCUCUGGCAGCACGGAAGGGAGCAGCCCCCAGGGGGCGAGCCCAAGUGAGGCCUCUCUUACCAAAGGUCGAUCCCCAGAAAAUAAAAUUCCAGCUGGAGGCACUGAAGAAGCAAACAGAGGGGGCAGCUCCCAGAACCCUCCAUCAUCACCAGAUUCUCAUGCUGAUCAGCAGACUGUUUGGUAUGAAUAUGGCUGUGUGUGAUGUCCUUACCUUCCUCCCCUCAACCCCAAAAAGAGAUGUACAAUAUGUGCUUCACUACUGAAAAUUUGGUGGCGUCAGGCGUGAUGGUGCCUCUAAAUACAGAGCUACCUACCAGUUGUCUUGACUCUCUUCUAGAUGCUAACGUACAGCCUUGCUUGGCCUGACGCCUUCCAGGUGCUUUGGACUACCAGCUCCCAUCAUUCCUUGCCAGCCUUAGUGGCCAGGGAUGAUGGGAUUUGUACUCCAAAAUUAUCUGGAGGGCACUGGGUUGGGGAAAGCGAGUGUAAUGGAACGAAAUGCAUUGGUGUACACUCGAGGCGAAAGAUUGAAUUGCCAAAUGCAGCUGCUGCUCUUGUGCCUAGAUGACCAUGUGGACAGAUCAAGCGUCUCCAUUUCUUCCUGCUCUCCCUCAAAGCCAGGAAUUAAGCUGAACUCCUGGAAGCACAGAGUCCUGGCAGUUUUGCUUCCCUUUAACUCUCCUGCUGGCCCUGUUUCUCUUCAUUAAUUGGAAAACUGCAUAUGUGUGUGUCUUUGCCUACUGGGUUCAAGCCUUAAUAAAACGUCACCUGACAAAACAGGCACCUCCCUCCUAUUUCAAAAUGGCAGGCAAUUUUUACUAAGCUGUAAGUCUUACUGGGUCUGGCUUGGAACAGCUGCUGUUUUAAAAAUGAGGUGACUAAAACGUAGAUGUCUCUGUCUCAACCCUUCCCUCUGAUGGCUGUCACAGUACAUUAGGAGGCCUGUUCAAUGUCCUGGGGUUGUGUGUUGUUGUUUUUACCGCACCUGCAUUGUGGUGCAGUGGAGGUGCUGCCUUUUUUUCCUAUAUGGCUAACGUUUUAUGAAAAACACUGGAACGGAUGCACUGUUCUUGUGGGGUAAUGCCUCCUUUAAACAGUGACUCCAUGCACUAGACUGAUGUGUUCACUACUGCAAAUGUUAAAUUUCUGUGUGGAUCUGCUGGGAGCCAAGGGGAAAUGAACAGAUACUGCAAUUCUGCUUUCCUCCUAAUGUGUACAGUUGCUUGUAUCGUAAAUGAUACGUAGCAGAUUCUUUCGAUGACUUUAUGAUUGCUGCAAUCUUCAGGCUAGUUUUUCCACUGGAGCCAGUCAUUUUAAGUAGUUGAUAUUUUCAGGCCCAGAUUCUAACUGGAACUGUGUAGAAACCAAAACACAUUUCUAUGCACAUGAAACAAAUACUUUUUUAUUAAAUCAUAUUUAUGCCCAGCUGAAAGACUUUUUACAUUUCAGGAGCUUCACUGAGUGCUUAUGUAUAUCUUGAGUGUUUUGUGUGGUUCUGCUGUUUUUAUUGUAAAGAUGCUUCCCCCCCCCCCGGGUGUGACAGAUUACCUUCAACAGAAUUGUAAAACUUCUCCUGAUUUGUGAUUUACUAUAGUGAGAGAACACACAAAUCUGUAACAAUUGCACAUAACCGGUGACUAGUGUGUAGCAGAUCAUAUUGUGAAAAGAGCGAGAUUGUUUAUAAUAAAGCCUUUUUGAAAUACACGUUUCUGUCAAUGUCUCUCCGGAGGAUUGCAUUAACAGCCAUUCCAAAAAGGAAAAAAGGUGUUGGUUGACAAGUUGUAAUUUUCAUUCCCUCUUACUAAUAUUUAUAGAAAGGCUUCCCACAUUUGCCUCCAGACAGUGUCCUCCAACUUCCUUUCUAGGGUAUAAUAUUCAAAUACAGUUUUAAUAAUAAAUUCAUAGUACUUUUAAUAAAGGGUUCCCAUACAUGCAUUAGACCUCUUCUUUGACAGGUACUGAGAUUUUGUGAAUGAUCUCUUAAUCUUUUGGCUUUGUUUUUUGUCUCUUGAAGCUUGAUUACAUAAGUCAGCCUUUCCACAGAUGUUAGUAACUUAACUAGUCAAUCUGCAGGGUUCUAUACAAUUCUCUGGGUGGGCUCUGUCCACAGGCCAGCUGCUGGCUUUCCUCUUAUAUCAAAGAGAAGGGAAGGAAUGGGAGAAACUGAGUUGUACUUAUUAAUGGGGAUGUGCACAGUUAAUUAAUUGUGCCUGACUUUGAUAGACAGUAAUACCCCCGCGAACAUCCGCCUCGUCUAGCGUCCAUUCCAGCGAACGUCCGCAGCAAACCCGGAAGUGCCGGAACGGGUUACUUCCGGGUUUGCCUCUCGCGCAUACACAGAAGCACAAACGGCUCCAAGCACAUGCGCAGAGGCGGCGCUUUGACGUGCAUCAUUUUGGGGCUCCGGAACGGACCCCGGUCGCAAAACAAGGUACGACAGUAAAAUGCCCCACUCAGCUACCAAGAGUCAGGCACUUGUGAAGCUGUUAGUAAUACUCAAACCCAUUGAAAUCAUUGUGGACUUCAAUUCAUUUCAAUGGCGCUACUCUAUCACCUAGUAACUUUACCAAGCUUACCCAGUGAAUUUCACAGCUGUACCAUCGCUAAGCCUUCCUAUUGUUUUAUUCCUUUUGCUGGUUGCAUUCUCUUAUUGUUGAACUAAUCGACUGUUAGCUGUUAAUAGGAGUCCAAUCCAACUCCUCUCCUCUGCGCACACAAACGUCCCUCCCAUAAACACAGCUCUACUCUCAUGGCAACUUUGGAGUAGAAGCAGGAGGGUCAGCCAAGGUGGACAGACAGGGAGGAGCGGAUGUGGUAGGGGACUGAACUAUAUUAAAAACUCACAAAUUAUAAGCUUAGUCAUAAAGUUGCUCAAUACAUUGGAAUAUCAGACACAGAAAGAACUGCAAGCAAAGAAUCCAUAUUUCAUGUUCCCAAAUACUAUUUCAGCACAGAUGAGGAGACAGCAACUUAAUGGGGGAAUGUCUUAAAUUAUAAUGGUCCUUCUCCAAAGUUGGGCAAGUGGAUAUCUGCUCUGGAGGGUCUCCCAACCCCCUGGUGCAGAUUUUCAGGAGCUGCACGUGGAAGGAAAGAUGGGGAAGUGUGUUGCAUCAGCAGAAUUGCAACAUUUGGGCAGGGAACCCAGCAGUUUACACAUAAUAAUACACAAAUUAUAAGCUAUUAGUCAUAACAUUAGAACUUCUUUCUACUCCUCUGACACAUUGCAUAGGUCUGGGGUAAGCAUAAGCUCCCUCCCCAGUCCCGAUCGUACCCACUACAAGUUUCUUCACUGUCCAGCAAAGCGGGAGGAGCCAGAGUAGUAGUAAGUAGUAGUAAACUUUAAUGCGGUCAAAGACCAGCAAAAGAAUAAUACAAUUCAGUUCAUACAUUAUAAUAAUAUUGAGCACUACACAAUUUUAAAAUUUUAUAACAUAUUACAUGGCUGUUAUAAAUCUGAGCCUUUGUCGCCUCUCCAUCUGCUAUGGGUUAACUAGGAACUUUAUCUUUGGUGGUUGCUUUCGUCAUGGCAUGUCUUAUUCUUGUCACCAAGUAGCAAUAUUUAGCUACAGCCCUAUUGGUCUCUAUAUCUGUGUCAGCUAGCAGAUGAUUGGUGUAAGCUUCUCCUGAUCGACCGGGCUGUUUGGCUAGGAGCAGUUCAAUUAGCUCUUUUCUCGUCUCUUGGUAUAACAAACAAUGUAGCAGAACGUGCCCGAUUGUUUCAAUCUCUUUGUUGUUACAUGGGCAUAAUCUUUGAUCAAAGGGAGUCUUGUUAUACCUACCAGCUAAUAGUGCUGAGGGGAGAGCGUUGAAGCGGGCCCUAGAAAAUGCCCAGCGAUGUUUAGGAUUAUCUACCGACUUAAGGUAAUUUGCCAAAUAAAUCUUUCGAUGGUCAUAUAGGUGUUGUUAAUUUGUAGAAAGCCUGGUAAAAUCAUUUUGUAAUUUGUUGUCGGUGAUUCUUUCCUUGAUUAAAUUUUUCGUCCUCCCCAUUUCCAGACUUAGGAGAUGCCCUGCUGAGAGUCCGUAUCGGACCAGCUUCCUAAGGAUGCUCUUCUCCCAACUUGAUUGGAAUUUGUCACAGUGUAUCAGAGGGAGAAGGCCAGUGGGUGUCUUGUUAAGUCUUAGCCACAGGUAAAAGGCAGAUUGCCAUACCUUUGCUUCAACUCUUAAGGAGCCAGGAGCAAUCCAUCCAUCCUCUUGACUUUUCACAUUUUUCUCCCUGUAAAUUGUAGCAUGUUUUAGAUGAAGCUUUUCCUUUUCACUUCCCCCCUUGUUUUUUUCUACCAUCAUACAACUGUUUCCCCCCUUGAUUGUAUUAACAACCUUUUCAAUAGAAACAGCAGUUGGCAAGCUUUCUGGUUAUUAAAUUAAGGUCUGUGUGUACUGUCUGUCAAUAAGAAAGGCAAAACAAUAUUCCCAUUAUGUUAUUUAAAGGUGAUGAUAUAAAUAUUUUAAAUAAAUGACUGGAAUGCAAAAGAGAUAUUGCAGAAUUACAAAAUGUGUACAAACGCAUAACUAAAAUUCUGAAGGGGGGUAGAAGUCCCUGCUGGGGAAAGACUUAACACAUUUGAUCCCCGGGAAUGAGCUGGAGGUACAUGAGGCCAGUAGCUUUCUGAAGCUAAGCAGGUCUGUGUCUGGAUGGGUGAAUGACUGUGUGGGAACCACAUGUUAGCUGUCAUAGAAUGACUUGUAGAGUUGGAAGGGACCACAAAAAUAAUCUAGUCCAACCCCCUGCAAUGCAGGAAUCUUCCAGGUCGUGACAGAAGAAAGGAAGGGUAGAAAUGUAAGGGGGGAUUGGGGAAUUGUUCGCUCCGGCGAACAGGGUAAGAAAGAGGGAGCUUUUCCCGCCUGCGGAGCCCUUUAAAAGGCGUGGCCCCGCCCCGACCAACCUCAUUGGCUGGUCGUGGGGUGACGCAGGCGGGGACCUACCAUCACGUAGGGGCUGAGCUUGCAGCCCCUACGCGACGGUACAGUCGGGCAGCCCACAACCCCACCUCCGACGCAGGCGCGGAAGUGGCUUUCUCAUAACUAUGAUUAAGAAAAAGAACACUAAUACCCAGCUAAAAGCCUAUAAAUUUGCACCCAUGGUGUAGAGAAAAGUGAAUGUAGAUCAUUUCUUCCCCCUCCUAGAAAACUGGAACUCUGUGCCAUUAAAUCGGAAGCAUUUCCUCACAUAACACACAAUUUAUGGAAGGUGUGUAAAAAGAUUAGGCACAUUAAUGGGGGGGGGUAUAUGGUCUCCCCACACAUGUCGGUUUUGCCCUUAGUUAGAGCAUCAGCUUCAGAGGCAGCCUGCCACUGUCCACCAGAUGCCAGGGAGGAACAGCGAGAAAGGCCUCACGUCUCGCUUGCAGGCUUCCCAGGGGCACGGUGGCCCCUGUGAGAAACAGGAAGCCAAACUCAAUGGGCCUUCAGUCUGAUCCCGUGAGAGCUCUCUUCUUGUGCUCUCUAUAAUGACAAGAACUGAUCAUUGUUGCCUCUGCUUUAGAUACAU